AUGCUUCGCGUCUGGAGAGCUUCUGGGCAAGAGCUGGCCGCCAUACGCGCCGAAGAGUUCAUACACGCAAAUGCCGUGAAGCAGCAUUUGCAAGAACUGCACGGCUUCCCGAUGUGUCUGCAGCAACUUGUGCACGACAGCAAGAUCUUAGCUGAUGAUGAUAAUAUGGAUGCAGGCAUGGAUUUGCAGUUGGUGCUGCUGACCAUCUCCGGCCAUGAUCAAGAGUUCACAGAUGCUGCUAUCGAGCAAUUGGCAAAUGCAUCUCGAAAAAAUCAAGUUGAUGCGGUCCGCUGUUUGCUCGAAGCCGGUAUUGGUGAUUAUAUAGACUGUUGGGACUAUGGCGGCAAGACAGCCCUAAUGCAUGCCUCCGAGCACGGCCACUCGGAGGUUGCACGAUUGCUCGUGGAAGCUGGUGCUGAUAAAGACUGCUGGAACAAUGAGGGCAGGACAGCCCUGAUGUAUGCAUCUGUGAGUGGUCACCUGGACGUUGCGCGUUUGAUGAUGCCUCCGAGGCACCCCCACUCGAAUGUUGCACGAUUGCUGGUAGAAGCUGGUGCUGAGAAAGACGGCUCGAACCUUGACGACAAGACAGCCCUGAAGUAUGCAUCUGUGAGUAGUCACCUGGACGUUGCGCGUUUGCUGGUGGAAGCCGGUGCUGAUACUGACUGCUGGGACCGUAGCGGAAAAACAGCGCUAAUGCAUGCCUCUGAGCGCGGCCACUUGGAGGUUGCACGAUUGCUUGUGGAAGCUGGUGCUGAGAAAGACGGCUCGAGCUAUGAUGGCUGGACAGCCCUCAUGUAUGCAUCUGCGAGUGGUCACUUGGACGUUGCACGUCUGCUGCUGGGUGCUGGUGCUGCUAAAGAUGCCCCAGACGGCCGUGCAUGGACAGCCUUAAGGGUCGCAUCUCGAUACGGUCACUCUCACGUCGCACGUUUGCUGGUAGAAGCCGGUGCUAACAAAGACCGCCGCGACAAGGGCGGCAAGACAGCGCUGAUGCAGGCGUCCGAGCACGGUCACUCGGAUGUUGCACGAUUGCUUGUGGAAGCUGGUGCUGACAAAGACGGCUCGAGCUAUGACGGCUGGACAGCCCUAAUGUAUGCAUCUGCGAGUGGUCACUUAGGCGUUGCACGUUUGCUGCUGGGUGCUGGUGCUGCUAAAGAUCCCUCGGAAAGGUGGGGUUAUACAGCCCUGACACUAGCAUCUCGAAGUGGUCACUUUCAGGUUGCGCGUUUGCUGGUGGAAGCCGGUGCUGAUACUGACUGCGGGGACCGUGGCGGAAAAACAGCGCUAAUGCAUGCCUCUGAGUGUGGCCACUUGGAGGUUGCACGCGUGCUGCUGGAAGCUGGUGCCAACAAGGACUUCGAAGACCUUGCUGGAAAGACAGCCUUACUGCGGGCAUCCGAGAGCGGCCACUUGGACAUUGUCUCUUUGCUGCUGACAGGGCGGUGCAUCCCCGCCCCCUCAAUCCAAGCAGUCGCUCCCAUGGCCCCCCCGUUGUGGGAGCAGGCCCCCAGGAACCGGAACAAAAUUCCCCCGCCAGUGCUCUUAGAGUCGGACAUGGUGGCAUACAUAGAGCGUGUUCUGCGGGAGUCUGGCGAGAGAGGAGCCUCUCAGAGGCAGACGAAGGCGCUGGUUGAGCGAACUCUUCGGCGCUGGGUUUUCAGCAACGGCUGGACUCUGGAAUUACUAGCCCCUUUGUUCAGCUCACGGAGGCCGGCAAGACA